ACAUCGAGAGACGUCUGUCUCUUUUCGUUCGGCUCAGCGUAGACAUCAUGUCGCUGCUGAUUGUAGCUUGUAGCGUUUUUUAUCGCACGAAAUCACAGCGGUGGCGACAAUCACAGUUAGAGUGGCGCUUGUAACGGUACUCGCGGUGCUAGACACACACAUUGCAAGAACGAGGAGCGCGCUUGUCCGUCAAUCAGCAAACAAAAUAAUCAACGAGCAACAACGAAACCCGAACUGAAUUCUAGUCGCCAAAGCAAACAAUAAAGAAUCGUAUAAAAAUCGUGCCAGAAACUGAAAUAAAUAAUAUUCAUAAACAUUAAAUUAAUAGCCCGAACACACACAGCUGUUGUUGCUGCUUUGGUGUAUGGGUGGACGAGAAGAAGGAAGUUCUGCUCUGUCGCUGCUUCUGCUUGGAAUUGGCGGCAGUUUGACCGCACCAACAACAACUACAAGACAACACACACACAGAGAAACGUACACAUUGAUACGCGUUCGUCAUCAGUCGUUGUCGUUAGUCUCCGUCCCGUCCCCCGUCCCGUUCCCCUUCCCCUGCAGUGGUCCCGUGCCCGUGGCUCCUGGCCCUUGCCAUUGUGACAUUUGAUUUAUUUGACGUGUGUGUGUUUUUGAUAGAAGCUCAACACGAAACUGACACGUUCACACACACACUCGAAGCCACACAUACAUAUGCGUGAGGAGGGGCUCUGCCGCUGUGUUGCCUCUGCCUCCCCCCGCUCUGUGCUUAAGAAUUUCUAAUUUCUUGGGGCGAACAAAAAUAAAAAUCCAACGCGUUUUUCGCAAAUGCACACAUGUAUGUUUUUUCGAAAAAGUGUGACAAAAACAAAUCCAAAAAUCAACAAAAAAACGAACAGAACCUUCAUUUAAAUGGCAGCGAAGAAAUUAAAUACCAAACAACAGUAAUGUAAUCUUACACACUAGUUCAAUAAUUAAAUAAAUAAGUAAUAUUUAAACGAAGAAAAGUGAAACCCCCCAAAAAAUAUAAAUAAUUUCUACCACAAAAUGAUGCUGCACGAGGCUGUCAUGCUGGAGAUCUAUCGCCAGGCAUUGAGUGCGAGCGAAUUGGCCAGUCCGCGUUGUCAUUCUCGCGAAUCGAAUGCUUCUGCUGGAGCGGCACCAGGCGAUGGCAGGUGUCCAUCGAAUGAGUCGCACUGCUCCGCCAAUGAUUGCCUCACGCCUGCGCCCACACCAACGCCCACACACACGCCCACCUCCCCCACAGUGGGGCAUCCGCUGACGGCGACACUGGCGCCAGGCGCUGCCGCAGCAUUGCUGCCACCACAGUCGGCAGCUAUGGCCGCAUACCUGGCGGCUGCACAACAAAAUCAUCUGCUGCUGACGAAUCCGUUGGCUGCAGCGGCCUCUCUGGUGCAGCAGGCGACGCAACAGGCGGCAGGAAUGGGUUCACCCGGCAGCAUGGUGGCCGAGGAGGAGACCCCUGCACUGGAUUUCAGCAGAAAGCGACCCUCCAGCGCGGAGGAAGAGCCGUUUCCCAGUGAUGAGGAGGAGCCGGAGCAAGAGCAGGCGGAAUCGAGCGACAAUGGGCCACUGGAUUUGUCGGUGAGCACCAGGACGCGACAGACAACGGUGGAGGAGCGGAGGAGGGACUCACCCGUCCGCAAGCUGCCUCGUGCCACGGACUACAAGUCGCCGCUACCGCCGGGCAGUUGGGUGCCACCUCUGAAUCCCUACUUGGCGGCAGUGGCAGCCAAGAAGAUAACGCCCAGUGAUGCCUCCAAAGCGCUGGAGAAGAUGAGCGAAAUGAGUCGCCUGGAGACGCCACCGCCAGUGAGCAGUAGUGUCAGCCACAGUAGUCACAGUAGCCACAGGAGUGUGACAGCAUCCGGAACGGCAGCAGGAGGCAAUGGUACAGGUGGACGACACAGCGCCUGGCAAUCCCAUUGGCUUAAUAAAGGUGCCGACGCCGCCAAGGAUGUGUUCAAGUGCGUGUGGUGCAAGCAGAGCUUUGUCACAUUGGCCAGCCUCACGACCCACAUGAAGGAGACGCAACAUUGCGGUGUACAGAUACCAUCACCAUCCUCCUCCGCCGCUUCAGCACAUCCUCAGGCUAUGCCACGUGUGCCCACAUCCACCUCGACAUCGGCGUGCUCCAGCAGCAGCAGCACCUCCACCACGAGCUCAAACUCAUCCAAAUCGGAACUGAAUAUGCUCAUCAAGGAGACAAUGCCGCUGCCCCGGAAACUGGUUCGCGGCCAGGACGUGUGGCUGGGCAAGGGCGCAGAGCAGACGCGACAGAUCCUCAAGUGCAUGUGGUGUGGACAGAGCUUCCGUUCGCUGGCCGAGAUGACCAGCCACAUGCAGGAGACGCAGCACUACACGAACAUCAUAUCGCAGGAGCAGAUCAUCUCCUGGAAAUCGGGCGACGAACGGGAACGCGAGCGACCCAAUGCAGCGCCCAAUGGCAGGGAGGUAGGCGGUCCAGUUCCCCCCCCAGCGGCCAGCAGUGGCUCGACAGCGGCCAGCGUCAGUGCGGUGCUCACGUGCAAGGUGUGCGAUCAGGCAUUCUCCACGCUUAAGGAUCUCAGCACACACAUGGCCCAGCAGUCGCACUACAAGGAAUCACCCUCGGCCAUGUCCUCAUCCUCUUCGGUAUCGCCACCAGCACCGCCGGCCACAGCGGGAGGGGCAGCAGGAGGAGGAGCAAGCGGUGGGAACACCAAACGCGGACGUCAAACGCGCAAUGAAAAGCGCAAAAAAUCGCUGCCGGUGAGGAAACUCCUCGAGCUGGAGCGUUCCGGCUCGAACUCCAGUCUGGACUCGGCCCUGAAGCCACUGAGGGACUUUGCUGCCGCCACGAAAAUCACCUGCGAAAAAUGUGGCAGCAAGAUCGAGACGGCCCUGUUUGUGGAGCACAUACGCAAGUGCCUGGGCGACAGCAUACCCAUACCGCCCAGGCGUCCGCAUGGUCAGAGUGAGUCGAUGGAUCGACUGCCGAGUCCGGGGAUGACGGGCGAUAAGCCACCAUCCGUGCUGAAUGCCUUGGAGCAGCUGAUCGAGAAGAGCUUCGAAUCGCGGGGAUCGCGAGGCCUGCACCCCGGCGGCGGAUACUCCGAUAUGGGCACUCCACUGGGUGCCAGCAUCCUGAAGCGUUUGGGCAUCGACGACAGCAGCGACUACACAAAGCCCCUGAUGGAUGCCCAUGCGAUGCACCUGCUGCGCUCCUCCUACGCCUCGCGGGACCGCAGUGCUAGCGAAUCGAGCAGCGCAAGUCGCGUGGAGUCGGCCUACACGCCAGAUCGGCAGCACGCCACACCGCGAAGGACACCGGACACACCAGCACCAGCACCAGCACCAGCCCAUGUAGCUCCUCCUCCGCCGCCACCCAUAAUCAAGGCGGAACCUUUGGAACAGCUGGACCAUGGCGAAACGGAGACCAGUCCGCGGCAGCACAUCAAUGUGAAGAAGGAGUUUAGCAUGGAUUCAGCUGCUGGAAAUCUACGGGAGAGUCCCAGGUCUACCAGUGAAUCGACAUCGCCGCAGGGAACUGCAGGAGGAGCCACGGGAGGAUCGGAUAGUUGCAGCUUAUUGGCUUUGAAUUCGAUGUUUGACCAGCUGAGCGGAGUGGAAGCAAAUAAUAAUAAUAAUACGGGACACUGUUAUAACAACAACAACAAUAAUUCGAACAAUAUUCCCUCUAAAAAACCAAAGGCACAUCCCUUGGCUGCACUGCAGAAGCUCUGCGACACGACAGAUCCACCAGCCUCCAAUACACGCAGUGCUGCAACCACCACAACAACUGGUUCUGCACCUGGAGGCGUGGGCAGUGGUGGCAACGAUCUGGUGGCCUUCAGUUGGGCCUGCAACGAGGCGGUGCUGAGUGCCAGCAGUGGUGCUGGUGGCGAUGGGUCUAUCAUCAAGUGCUCGAUCUGUGAUACGCCGUUUGGUUCGAAGGGCGCCUAUCGCCAUCACCUCUCGAAGGUGCACUUUGUCAAGGACAAUGGCGAGGAUUCACCCACUAUGAAGUCGCCAGGAGCUGCAGCACAGUCACCAAAGUCCCUACCCAUAACUUCGCCAAAGCGAUCCGCUUCGAGGAGUCCGGCAGUGGCGGUGGCGGCGGCCCAGCAGCUAGCGCCAUCGCCCACCGUCAAUCCGUACGACGAGAGUCCGCAGUCAAAGUUCUUGAAGUACACCGAAUUGGCGAAGCAGCUGUCAUCGAAGAAUGCCUAAAGUACUAAAUUAAGCAGCAAGAAACCAGUGGCGACAAAUUGUGAAAAUUUAGAAUGUAUUUUAUUCAGCGAAAAGCUCUUCGGGCGGAAAGAUAUCUUGGACAACAUUUGUAGGAAGAGUCUUCAACGUCUCCCUAAUCUACCUAGAGAGAUAUAAAAACCUAUAAAUUAAGGUUCAAAUAGCUUACUGUUCGACUGCUUUCUUGCCUAGAAAAUUGUCGAAAACCCUGUUUAAAUUAUUUUUUUUUCCAUAAUCUAUCCACUCAAAUUUAGUUCCAUAACCUAUUACUAGUCCCAAUCUAUGAAAAAUACCGCAAUAACACUGCUAAAUUCUCAAAUGGAGCAAUUAGUUAGUUUUUUUUUAAAGUCUGAUUGAUUUUGAUAGUAAGAGCAGUUCCAUUAACUUGAUAAGUUGUAUAACUUUUACUAAUACAAAUUUUGUUUCAACAAUUCAAUUUCCAAGCAAUGUGUAAUUUUCUGUCCGCCCAAGCGAGCUUUAUAUAUAAGCUGUAUUUAUAAAACAUUUAUUAUUGCGGCCGUUAAACUAAUUAGCAAAAAAAAAUGUAUUUUUAACAGUUCUCUGUUAUUAUUACCAUUAUUCUGUUGCACAGUGUAAAUCCUCCCACAAAAUAUCAGCUGAGAACCGAUUCCAGUUUUUGUUCCUUGAUUUCAUUUCAGAGAUCAAUGGAAGGAAGAGAGUGGAGCAUUACAUUAAGAAUCUGCAGCUAAUUUACGCUCCCAAAUGCCACACUCUUUAUCUCCCUUGAAUUUUGCAAAGCUCUCGCUCUCCUCUCUCUCUCUGCACAAAAUAUUUCCCCUACUUUUGCUGAAUCAGCAUAAAAUUUCUCCAGCCAGUGCUACAGUCUGUGGCCCCUUUGUGCCAUAUGCUCUUUGGGUUCUCUUGUCGUAGUGACGUCACUCUCAGCUCCUUCUGUGUGUGUUGUCCGAUUUUAUUGUUUCUCAAUCAGAAAGCAUGCCAUCGCAGUCGCACGUGCGAAAUUCAAUUACCACCACUUUGACGAACUGUCCAUCAACCAAAAGAAGGCGGCGACGCAAUGCGAGCCAAAAAGAGACAACCAUAGUGCUGGCGCAAACCGUUUGACGAAAGGCGACGACACGAGUUCGUCAAAGUUGGAUUGGAUGGAGGCGAAAGCAAGAGAG